AUGAGACUUUCAUUUCCAAUAACGCAAAAACCAAUGUUUAACUAUAUAAAAUAUUGGCAAUACAUUUCUCAGAAAGAUGUCAAACGAAUAGUUGAACAUGUUGUCAUCGUUAAUAAUAAACAAAGUACAAAAAACACUAAUAGUAGUGGCAAUGUUGUAAAAUUAGCAUAUAAUUUAAAUUUGGUAGAAAAAUUGAUUUGGAAAAUGAUAAUGAUGCAAAGUGACGGGUUCAAAUAUCUUAAUCCACCAGAUGAAAUCCCAAUCACAUAUUGUCCUGGUUCAUUAUUAUGUCUGUCGAACCUGUAUGAAUUGGAAUGUUCAUCAAAAUAUUCAGAAACUUUAUUACUUGGUUUGGCUCACGUUUGUCAGAAUAUUUACCGGCUGACGAUAAAUCCAUGCGAGGACAAUGAGAAUAAUGGAUUGUUUGCAUUGAUAGAACAGCAAAACUCUUUAAGAGAAGUCAAAUUGGUGUCACCAAAAGGUUCUAUUUGUAAACAGAUUGGAAAAUCAUUGGCGAAACAAGCAACAUCUCUAACCAAUUUCACUUGUCAAAAAAAUAUUUGUUUAACCGAAGAGGCAAUGUCAAAACUGGUAAAUAUUAGAGAAUUGGAUCUGAUAUUGGGCAGAACAAAUCUAAAAUCAAAUUCAUUGGAACUGGCAAAAUUCGCAAAAUUGAGAGUUCUAAAUAUAAAUCAUCAGUAUCGGACUGCAUUGCAUCAUUACACCAAAAUAAUAGAGACAACUGAAGGUGACCUGGAAAAAAUAAAUUUUGAUUUUGGUUUAUUUCCAUGUAUUGAAGAGAUUCAACGAUACAUACAAGUAGUAACUGAGAAUUGUCCAAAUUUGAAAUUUGUAACUAUAUGGUUUACGGGCCAAGAACUAAAUGAUAUAGAAAGGUUGCUGAUAAUUUGUAAUAAGUUGCAAACAAUCAAAAUUGAAGCUGUAACUUAUGAUUUAUCAACCAGUGUGACAUGGAAAGUUGACAUAAAACCAAUAUUUGAAUUAUUGACUAAAACUUCAAAGAAUUUUCAAGAACUCAUUAUUAGUAAAUGGAUCUUUACGCCAUUGGAACUGAACGAAUGUUUGGAAAUGUGGAGAGGUAGAAAGCCUUUAACUUUGAAAAUUCAACGGAAAACACAAGAGCACAUUCAAGUCUGUAAGAAAUUUUUGAAUGAAGGUGAUUAUGUAGAUAACAAUCAUCGUUAUUAUAAUGAAGACGGACAAGAAAUAGUUACGGAAAAAGUUUAUGGCGGUGGAGAGGAUGAUGAUGAUGAAUUAAUUAGAAAUUCAUCUUUAGAAUCUGAUUUUAUGAAGAAAGAAUCUAUUGCAAAAGAAAAUUCUACAUCUAAGUUAAAGCCGCCAUCUAAAUUACUAACAAAUCCAACAAAAAAUAUUACAAAAUUACUGUCACCACCAAUAGAAAACGAAGGAAUCAAACUCGAAUCAGAAAACUGGAUUACUUGUAGGCAUGAUACACUUAGAAAAAUAGACAAAUUUCUACAACGUGACAAGUUAAUACUAGUUAGAUCACCACCAUUUACUGGCAAAACAUCAUUAUGUUUCCUUUUGGAAAAUUAUUAUUGUAAACUAAAAAUUCCCGUGGUACAUGUUUGUUUUCUAGGCGUACAAGAUUAUCGUGAUUUUGAAAAAUUUUGGAUCAAUGAAACAUCAAAAAGUUGGAAAUACUGGUUGGACCCGAAAAAACAUUGCGGUGAACUCGUUAUUAUUCUAGAUGAAACUCAAUUGAUAUUUAACAAUAGGAAAUAUGAAGAUUUUUGGUCUAGAGUUAAAUAUUUGUCUAGACUAUCGUCGUCAUCAUCAUCAACUAUACAUAAAAAAAAAUCAUUGAUAAAAGUCAUUGCCUUUUCAACUGUUGCUUCAAUUAUAAUUAAUCCUAAUACUGACGAUAUUAAUAAUGAUAGAUCAUUGAUAGGUGGUAGAACUACUAGAAAUAGUAGUGGUAGAGUUAGUAAUAUUACACAAAGUCCAGUUGAUUUCCAAAAUAAAUUUGGAUUUGAAUUGAUAAGGUGUACAAAAAAAGAAUUGCUGGAGCUGGCUCAAGCAUUUAAUAAUCAUUGUAUUAGGAAGAAAAUACAAGUUAGUGAAAAAAUAGCUGGAUAUAUUAUGGAUUUUACAGCAGGCCACGUUGGAUUGAUUAGGUGGAUAUUGAAAGGAAUUGAUAAUCAUUUCUCAUAUCGAGGUACAAUAUAUGAAGUUACAACUGAUUCUCAAAUAAUGAGAUAUUUAAAAUCAUCAGAGUUUAUUGAACAAAUUAAAUCACAUCGAGGAGCUGCACCACUAUACAAGUUUACCAAAGAACAAGGUGAGAUAAUUGACAAAUUGUUGCUAAAAGAUGAAAUAUAUGUGUCGGCUUCAGGUCCUGAUGAUGUGAUGACAUCGUUACUUAAAACUGGUGUGAUUUUCUAUCUGGAUGAUAAAGGUCCCGAGUUCAGGCUGAGGGAGGGCAGAGUUGGGUUUAUCUCGCCUGUGAACAAAUUAUUGUCAUUUUUUCAAAGAUGUGUCUCGAUGAAAGAACCACUGAAAGAUGGUUUUGGUUUACAGGAGUUGAUCAAGGAAGCUUUGUCUAGGAUAAAUUCAAAAGCGUUAACACAUAAUCUUGGCCGGUCAAAGGAUGGUAUGAGGUUGCUGGAGCGGGUAUGGCAGAUGGAGUUUUAUAGAGCAAUCUAUAGCUGCUUACCUGACGAAAUGCACAUAUCACCGGAUGUGGGACGUAUAUUUUCAACAGACGGAGUUGUUGAUUUCUACAUCUCUGAGCCACAAUGGGCAAUUGAAUUGCUCAUUGAUGGAAUUGAUAUGAAAAGGCAUCAUGAACGUUUUCAGGAUGGUAUGUGUGAACAUGUGAAAAAAAAUCGUAAAGAGGUUAUUGAGAGUUUAGAGAAAUUGAUUGAUUUCUUGACUAGACGAGAAAAAUAUCUAAGAGAGAGGGGCACGAUUAAUGAGGCAAAUGAUGUUCAGAGACAACUGGAUAGAGCUGCACAUGAUUUGACACAUGUUUUAUAUGAGGCAGUUGGACAAGGAUUUGGAAUUAAUGGUGAUUUGUUAUUGGAAAGAUAUUAUCGUAGUAUCAUUAAUAAUGAUAUUAAUAACAAUAGCAGUACCUGUAAUGGGAAUAGUGAUGUUUGUGAUAUUGUUGUAAAUGAAGACAACGAUGUUGGUGUUAAUAAUGGUGCUAAUAAUAGUAGUGAUUCAUCGUCAAUUCUUAAUAUUGAUGAUUCGGAUGAUUUAAAUUUAAACAAUUUCAAAUAA